AUGCGUUCUCAAGAUGAAGUCGAUCUGGAACAGAAACCCUUGCUCGACCGACGCUCGCGGAAGCUCUUCCAGAUCCUGAACUACAACUGGGCGAUCUUCCCAAGCACAGCCUUUUUGUCGUUCCUAGUAUAUUCUCUGAUGGUGUGGGCGGGAGUUCCUGAGGCGAUCGUGCAACCGGGGGUGCUCUGGACGCGCGACUGCACGAUCAUCACCCUCAUCAUCACCCCUUUCCUCCUCGCCCAGUUCCCCCCCUACCACAUCCUCUGGGGGAUGUGUCUCCCCAUACGACCGUUCUCAUACGCCCAGGCCCCGAAACAACGGUCCUUCCGCAGCCUGCGCGUCGUUCUUGUCACCAAAGCGACCAACAUUCAGGGAAGUAUUAUCCCCUUCUCAGCCUCUACCGUCCUCAACACCGUCGAGCUCUGGAAACCCCUCAGCCAAGUCUUCCGCAUCAGCUUCGUCGUCGUCAUCGACUCAGCCCACAACCCCUUCACUACCCUCCUCCCCAGCUGGGUCGAGCAGCUGCAGUGCCCGCCCUCCUUCCAGGCCGCGCGCGCCACCCACAAAGCCCGCGUGUUGGAGUGGUACCGGCGGCACAGCAGCCUCACCGACCGGGACUGGGUGCUGCACCUGGACGAGGAGACGGAGAUCGACGACUACCUGAUGCAGGCGUGUUUGGAUUUCAUCGAGCGGGGGAGCGAUGAUAUCGGGAUGGGAACAAUCUACUACAACGCCUCCUCGCACUGGAAACACCCCCUCACCACCGUCGCGGAGAUCCUGCGCAUCGCCGAGAACUUCGGGCGGUACCAGCUCCCCGUGCGGUUCUUCCGGCAGCCGCUGCUCGGGUUCAUGCGCGGGAGCUUCCUACUGCUGAACGGCACGGUCGAGAACGCGGUGACCUGGGACACGGAAUGUAUGACGGAGGAUCAUUGGUUUGCUUUCUAUGCCGCGAAGCAAGGCUUCAAAUUCGGAUGGCUGAACGCGAUCGCGCGCGAGCAGGCCCCCUCCACGCUGGGCGAUCUGCUCCGCCAGCGGCGUCGGUGGUACAGCGGGGAGCUGAUGAUCCCCAGCUGGGCGCUGCGCGUGAUGGUGGCGUUUAAUAUAAUGAUGACCAUGAUCUACGGCGGCUGGGCCAUCUCCGUUUCCUACGGCUUCUUCGUCUGGACCACCUUCAACCUGGCCGUGCUGCUGCACGGCCGCGUCGUCGCGUGUCUGCUGGAGGAUCUGGACUGCCGUGCCACGGCGCUGCUGGAUAUCCCGGUGCAUGUGGUGCUGACGGUUGUGCUGGCGCCGGUGGUGGAUUUGGUGCAGGCGGCGACGUUUCUGUGGACGGUGGUGCGGCCGACGAGGGAGUUUACGGUUAUUCGGAAGGAUUAGCAGCCCCCAAUGGAAGGGGAGUGGUAG